AUGGGGGGGGGGCUCUGCGGGGCCCCCCCGCCGCGGCCGCCGCUGUCGCCGCUGUCGCUGCUGGGCGCGAUCGCCGCCCUGGGGCUGCGGUUCCUGGAGCACCCCUCGGACGCGCGGGCGGCCCCGGGGGGGUCUCUGCGGCUGCGCUGCCGCGCGCGGGGGGACGAGGAGCCCCCCGAGCUGGGCUGGGAGCGCGACGGAGCCGCCCUGGACGGGGACAGCGACCUGGCCCAGGUGGCCCUGCCGGGGGGGGCCUGGGUGGCCACCAGCCAGCUCAGGCUGUCCCCGGUGUCUGCGUCCGACUCCGGCCGGUACCGGUGCUGGGCCCGCCUCGGGGGAGGGGCGCGGCUCCUGUCCCGCGAGGCUCACCUGGAGCUGGCAGGGCUCCCGGUUUUCCUGGAGGAGCCGCAGGACCUGGAAUUGGCCGUUUUGGCCCCGUUUCGGCUGCGCUGCAGCGCCCGGGGCCCCCCCGAGCCCGUCAGGCUCCGCUGGCUGCGGGACGGGACCCCCCAAAACGGGCUCGGGGACCCCCUGGGCCAGAGCCCCUCCACCCUCUGGGUGCCCGGGCUGAACCGCAGCAGCUCCUUCGCGUGCGAGGCUCACAACGAGCGCGGCGUGGCCACGUCCCGCAGCGCCACCGUCACCGUGCUGGCCCCGGCCCCCAGGAAUUUGGGUUUGGCGGCGGCGGGGCCGCGGUGGCUGGAGGUGACCUGGGAGCCCGGGGACGGCUUUGGGGACACCGGAGGGGACCAGGAGUGCACGGUGCAGCUGUCCCCGGGUGACGCCGCCGCUGUCGCCGCUGUCGCCGAUCCCGCCGAUCCCGCCUCUAUCGCCGAUCCCGCCGCUGUCGCCGAUCCCGCCGCUGUCGCCGCCGUGUCGCGAUCCGUGCCGGUUCCUCCCUUCUCCCUGCGCCUGGCGGGGCUGCGGCCCCUGUCGCGAUACCUCGCGCGCGUCGCCUGUCGCGACAGGCGGGGCCGAUCGGCCUGGAGCCGCUGGGUGCCCGUGGCCACCGAGGAGGGCGCUCCCGAGGGGCCCCCCCGGAACGUCAGCGCCGCCUGGGUGGGGCCGGGCCGGGCCCGGCUGCGCUGGGGACCCCCCCGGGACCCCCUCAACGGCGUCCUCGGGGGCUUCCGGGUGGGCUACGGGACCCCCGCCCACCCCGAGGUGAUUUUGGACGUGGGGCUGGCCCAGGAGGCGUCGCUGGAUUUGGGGUCCCUGGGCCCCAACGUCACCCUCAGGGUGGUCUCCUACACCGGGGGGGGGGGGGGGCCCUGGAGCCCCCCCCCGCUGCCGCCCCCCCCCCCCGCCCCGCUGGAGACACAGCUGGUGCGUCCGGCGGCUCCGGCCGGUGUCUGGUGGCCGGCCCUGCUGGCCCUGCUGGCCCUGGGGGCUCUGGCCCUGCUGGCCCUGCUGGCGCUGGCGGCGCGGCGACGCCACAAAGAGACGCGCUACGGGGCUGCCUUCGCUCCGGCCGUUCGCUUCCGUGUCCGCAGCUCCUACGGCCGCCGGUCAGCCCAGGCCACACUGAACCGCCUGGGCAUCAGCCCCGAGCUGAAGGAGAAGCUCCGGGACGUCCUCGUGGAGCGGCACCGGGUGGCGCUGGGCAAGACCCUGGGCGAGGGAGAGUUCGGCUCGGUGGUGGAGGGGACUCUGCACCAGGACUCGGGGGUGCUGCGCGUGGCCGUGAAGACGAUGAAAUUGGCCAUCUGCUCGCGGGGGGAGCUCGAGGAUUUCCUGAGCGAGGCCGCCUGCAUGAAGGAGUUUGACCACCCCAACGUCAUGAAGUUGAUCGGGGUCUGCCUGCAGCCGUGGGGGAGGGGCUCGGAGGGGGCCCCCCCCGCCCCCAUCGUCCUCCUGCCCUUCAUGGCCCACGGGGACCUGCACAGCUUCCUGCUCUGCGCCCGCCUCGGGGACCCCCCCACGGCGCUGACCCCGCGCACCCUGCUGGGAUUCAUGGCCGACAUCGCGGCUGGGAUGAGCUACCUGAGCCAGAGGAACUUCGUGCACCGGGACCUGGCAGCGCGGAACUGCAUGCUGGACGAGCGGCUCCGGGUGCGCGUGGCCGAUUUCGGGCUCUCCAAGCAGGUGGGCGGCUCCCAGUAUUACCGGCAGGGCCGCGGGGCGCCCGUGCCCGUCAAGUGGGUGGCCCUGGAGAGCCUGGCCGAGCGCGUCUACACCACCAAGAGUGACGUGUGGUCAUUUGGAGUGACCAUGUGGGAGAUCGCCGCCCAGGGCCUGACCCCAUACCCGGGGCUGGAGAACAGCGAAGUCUUCGAGUUCCUGAGGGGGGGGCGGCGGCUGGGGGCGCCCCCGCAGUGUCCACCGCACCUGUACGCGCUGAUGCGCCGCUGCUGGGCCGCCGACCCCCGCGCCCGCCCCACCUUCGAGGAGCUGGGGGGGGCCCUGGGGGGGCUCCUGCGGGGGCUGCCCCCCCCCCCGGGGGCCCCCGCCCCCCCCCACGAAUGA